AUGUACUUGAACCUGAUUAUGAGAACAUUGAAAUCGGAUAUGAAUAUCAAGAGAGUGAAGGCUUUUGUCAAGAGGAUGCUGCAGGUCCUUGCGCUGCAUCAGCCGCCGUUCAUUUGUGGGGCGCUCUACGUUAUAAUCCAGCUUGAGGCGCUCAUUCCUGGCUUGGCAACUCUAAUAGCGGAGCCGGAGGAACAUCGCGAAUCGCGGCAGAUUGAAUCCCGUGAUGAGCUUGGCUCAUCAUACAACGGUCUCUAUGCCUCCACAAUUAUGGAGCCGGGAGAGACACAGAAACCGGACCUGGAAAGCCAUAGCCUGAUUCGGUUCCUGGACAAGUUUGCGUAUCGUAAUCCCAAGGCCAAGGAACUUAAUCGUGAAGGUUCGCCUGUGGCAAGGGAUGAUGGCAUUGAGGGCGAAGAUGACAGAAUCUGGAACGCCCUCGUCCCAGAUCGAUCGGAUGAUGAAUCGUCUCUGGGAGAUCUUGAAUUCCCUUUCACCGAUUCGGAACCCUCCAAUAGCGACUUGGAUGAUGAUGAGGACAAAUUACCGCUUGGAGAGGAGGGCACUGACGGUGUUGGCGAUAUCGAGCAGGACGUAGAGGAAGAAGAUCACCAUGCUACUGGCGAUACGACAAGUCAGCGUUCACGGAAAAGAAAACUUCGUGAUUUACCGAUGUUUGCAUCCGCAGAGGAUUAUGCGGCCCUCUUGGCUAAGGAAGCCGACUCAUGA